CGAGGCAACAAAUCUCACAACAAAAGGAAGUGAGGCUUGUGCGCACUACAAAUUUGUGUUAAUACAACCUCAAGAGAUUCCCGAGAAAAAAAACCCAAAAAAAAAAAAAAAUUGAAAAAUAAACGUCCUCCUCUGUCCUUAUUUUGUCUCAGAAGAGGACUUUAAACCCUCACGACAAACAUGGAGUAAAUAAAAGCGGAAAGUUUGGUCUGAAUCCACACGAGUUGUUGAUCCCUUCUCAGGGCCCUUUGGGGCCCAGGACGAGAAUGUAUCGAGGUGGGGAUAAGGACUUCCAGAUAUCGGCACGGAAGAUGGGCACAUCCUUGCUUUUCCAGCUGUCUGCUCAUGAAAGAGAGCUGGAUUUGGUAUUUCUGGACCACAGCUAUGCCAAGCCGUGGAAUGCCCACCCGGAUGCCAGCAGUGCCCGGCCCACGAGGACGCUGUUUGUUACCUCUCGCCGUCAGCCUGAAGUCUUGUCAGACGCGGAUUCUCUAAUAGAUGUGGAAACAGUCACACCAACACCCAUUCCUCUGUAUGAUAACCAGAAAGCUCUUAGCGUUAUGAAGGAGUGUGAGCGACAUGUCCUGUUUGCUCGCACAGUCGCUGAGAGCCCUCCACCUCCCGAUGACUGGGAAGAACAUAUAAACAAGACUGGAUGGUCGGUGGCCCAAAACAAACUGUUCAAUAAAGUUCUUAAAGCUCUGCAAGCUGAAAGACUAGCUCGCCUGGCCAAUGAAAAUGCUUCCAAUGAGCCAAUUUUGCGGAGGAUAGCUGUGGACAAGUGUGCGAGGAAGGUGCGGCAUGCAUUAGCCAGCGUGAACUGGGACACCAAACUGACACAGUGGUUACACACUACCAUGAUUGAAUCCUUAAGCCUUGCCAUGCUUGCUGCUUACCUGGAUGUGCUGCAGACUCUCAAAAGCAAGUUGCCCUUGCUGAUUGACAGAAUGUUGCUUACAUCGGCAAAGACUGGCGCUCCAAGUGCAGAGGCCCUGUCACUGCUACUGAAACGGCCCUGGGACCCAGCUGUCGGAGUCCUGUCCCAAAACAAACCGAGCAAGCUUCCUGGAUCCCCACUCAUCCUAAUUGCACCAUCAAGCCCAACCAAUCCUGCCCUCUCUACCUCGCGCCGAAUGAGAUUCUGGCAGUCGCAGCUCUCUUGUUUGGGAAAGGUCAUUCCAGUGCACAGUCAUGUCAACAGCGGAGCAAAUAUUGGCAUUACGCAGUGCCUAGAGCACAUGUUAGGCACUGUCAGGGCCAAGGUCAUGGAGGUUCACAGUCACUUUCCACACAAACCCAUCAUUCUGGUCGGCUGGAACGCUGGUGCUCUCAUCGCUUGUCACGUAUCCCUUAUGGAGUAUCUGACCGCUGUGGUGUGUCUCGGCUUCCCCCUGCUUACAGUCAACGGGCCACGAGGGGAUGUGGAUGACCCGUUGCUGGACAUGAAGACCCCAGUAUUGUUUGUGGUUGGCCAAAAUGCUCUGCAGUGUAGCAUAGAAGGAAUGGAGGAGUUCAGAGAAAAGCUGAGGGCCGACAACAGCAUGGUAGUGGUGGGAGGAGCAGACGACAACAUCAGAAUCAAUUCAGCGAAGAUGAAGUCAGAUGGACUGACACAGACCAUGGUGGACCGCUGCAUUCAGGAUGAGAUAGCUGACUUCUUGUCAGGUGUCCUCACACGGGCGGAGGGCCACGGCCAUGGCUCAGGAGAGAUGAGAGACAUGGACACGGAAAAGAAGAAAAGACUUCGACGGGAGCUUCCCUUUGACAUGGAUAGAGGACGACCAUCCUCCCCCGCGCUUAGAGUUCCCAUCUCACCAUCAGGUUCAGAGGAUCUGUCUAGUGUCUGUAGCAGUCCCACCUCAAGUCCCAAACCCAAGACGUCUGGUCUGUCUCCAGCACAGAAGUCCAGUCUGAUCACAGCCACGCAGCUCCUUAAGACACACAUGCAGCGCUCUGGCACAGUACUCACUCACAAGCAGGCUCAAGCUCAGUUUGCUGCUUUUAUGAAACAAAACAUGCUAGUGAGGAAAAAUCUUCCUCCUGGCACCCCUCCUUGUAUUUUUGUGCCAGUGACCAGUGAUCAGAUGGAGGGCCUGGACAGAGAUGAACUGAGGUCCCAUGGCAAGAGGAGGCAGACUCCUAGUCCCACGCCAAGCAAAGCCUCCAAGAGAGCCAAGAUCAAGGUCACCAUUGUUUCCCAAAGCGAGUCAGCAGGGGGCACUAUCAGCCCUGCUGCACAGGAAGUGGGUGUUUCUGGGAAGCCCUUAACAGUGACAGUGGGACAGACUGUGGCUGGAGCCAAGGAGCUCUCUGGACUUCUGACAGGCCAGCGGUCUGGUAGUCUCUCAGAGAUGUCUGGUGCCCUGUCCCCAGGCUCCAGCUCAUUCAACAGCGUGCAGCCUUGCAUGGUGUCAGGGUCCUCCACACCAGUCCAGGCGCAAGCUCCGGCUACUGCCCAAGCGUCUUCCGCCAGCAGUCUGCUACAAGGCCUAAGUUUCAGUCUUCAGGAGAUCGGCACCAAAGCUCCUAGUUUGCCCUCCACAGUAACCAACACAGGCAGCUCCCAGGCGGUUUGUGGCAAGCCCCAGGGUCAGGUCCUGAGCUCCGUCGGUACCAGCAGCAGUACUCUGCUCCGGGCAGUGCCUGUGGUCACCACAGGAGGAGUGGCUAAAACCACCGCUAUCCACCAGCUGCUCACCAAUGGCGGGCUGGCUAAACUUGCCAGCAGCUUGCCCGGUUUGGCGCACAUCACCAAUCAGACCGCUGUAGGGCAGAAAGCCCCCACUUCGAUAACGGUGACCCUUCGAGGAGCACAGCCGAGUAGAGUGGGAUCUUUCAGCCAAGCUGGUGAAAUUGUGACGUCAGCUCGCACCCAUGAGCCCAAGCAGUGACAAUCUCGGCUCGCGGUUUCCAUUCGGUGAUACACCUGAUGUAAGCUGGUGCUGUGCCAGAGGCCUCUGGGAGCCACGGCCUGCUGAUGAGACUGUGCCCUCCUUGCAAUGAUGACCACACCACACCACAACACGCAGAACCCUGUGUCACCUCCAGAGAGCUCCCCCGUCGAGAUGGUUGGAAAAAAGGCCAGGCAGUCGCUGCUCGCUGCGGCUGAGCCACUACGAUGCUUUACCUCUAUGUACAGAUGGGUAGCACCGGCUCUACUAACAAUGCUAUGGAGGUCCUCAUGCUACAGCCUGCGCUCUCUUCUCACAUCUUUAACGUUCAUGAGCAAAUUCUGACAGCCAGAUACGCAACAUGAUCACAUGUUAUCCUCUUGGGAGAAAAUGCUAUCAUGUGAGGAUAAACCUGGACUGUUAUAACACCACUACAAUUUAUAAAAAAAAGUGUAUAUUAAGUUUAAAUCCCUUUGUCCUGAUCCCUUUUGCAUUUCAUUUAUCAUAGGCUAGUAUGAUGACAAGUGUAAUUACCGGGAAUGUCAUGUCUUGUGUGUGGAGCAUUUUAGAUAUCUCCAUUUGUGAGAUAAGUAAUAAUAGUACAUUACGUUCACAUCAUUACAGUAUUUCAUCAUAAUAAUUGCUUUUUGUGCAGCAGUUUUCUUUCACCAUAACAAGCAACUUCACUGUACGACAGGCCUAAAAUCUGUUAGAGUAAGGACUAAAUUUCAACACAUUAAAUGUCACUAUUGGUCAUAAUCAUGUGAUUGCAGAAGCUACAGUGUAACUGGCGUUGACUGUGCACUUGUGCAAUGCUCACUUUGAAUAAUAGACACUUGAAAAAUAGACACAAAAAGCUACAAUAUAUGAACAGGUCAUGUUUGUUGGUAUUCAUGAUAAACAAUAUUUGUUGCAUUUGUUUCCUCUAUAACCUCAUGUUCCAUAGUUUAAACUACUGUAUAAGGCAAUAUUUCCCAUCUGCACUGUAUAUGGACUUUUUGCUUGAAACUGCCAUAGUAAAAGAACACUCAACUGU